AUGCGCUGGAGUGACGACAACCCCAAACCGUGGUUCCGUCCGUUUGUCCAUCCUUCAUCACCCUCUUCGGCCCGUCUGGCAACCUCGCCCAAGCUGUCUCAAGCAUCUGUUCCUCCCCUUCUUGGUCGCGCCGCCAUGCAGUCGUUGCGCAAUCCAUUCCGCCGCGCCAAGGCUGAGAAUGCGUCCGGCUUGAUCCAUAUCCAGGUCAAGUGGGGCACUCACAAGUUUAACAUCCCCAUCGAGAACCCCGAGAUCACCCAGGUCUCGCAGCUCGCCGGGACCCUCGCACACCACACUGGCAUCCCCGUCGACCAGCUCAAGAUUGUCUACAAGGGCGCUGUACUCAAGGACCAGUCGCUCACGCUCUCGGCCUACGGUAUCACGGACGGUUCUCUCCUCGCUGUCGUCGGCAACAAGGACCCCAUCCCCCAGGCUCCCACCCCUACGCCUCCUCCGCAGGUCGUCAAGAAGAAGAACAAGCAGCCCGAGACCAACGACGAGCAGGUCCUCACGGACUGGAUCCGCAACCUCGUCAAGGGUGUCGUCGACCCGCUCGAGGCCAGCAUUGCCACCUUUGUCUCGCAGACGUCAAAGGACGCUACCAACCGCCCGGCCCACAUCCCGCCCUUUGACACCCUCCAAAAGGAGCACGCACGCCUCAACGAGUUCCUGCUCCGUGGCCUCUUGGAUCUCGACGGCAUCGAGAUCCCCUCCGAGUGGUCCAACGCCCGUAUGGAGCGCAAGAUGGGUGUCAGGCGCGUGCAGGGGGACCUUACCAGGAUCGACGAUGCCUGGGGAGACCGCAAGCGCUUAGGAGCAUAG